CGUCGACGGCCUUCGUGACGUAGAUCAGCAUCGGAGUGACGUAGAACUGCACCUGAGUGACUAAAGUUCCGGAGCGCGCGCCUCACCUUCACGGUCCCGCAGCAGAGAGGCAAGCUCCCGCACGCGGAAGACAGUGCUGCUCGUUUACGACACCGGGAGGCAGCGGCGGGGGGGCGGGGUGACGCAGAGAAAGGAUCCGGCGGACGCGUUCGUAGCGAAGGAGCCGAACAGGUGACCCCAAAGCAGCGGGAGUGCGGAGUGGAGGUCGGGUGGCUGGUUGUGAGGAGCUGAGGCUGAACCGCCGCCAUGCUCCGCUUGAUGACUGCAGUGGCGAGGCUUCGGCCUUUAGCGGCCUGGCGGGCGACCCGGAGCCGGCCGCGGCCCGGGGCGGCCGCCACCAGGGCGUUGAGGACGUCCGCCGAGCCCUUCCCCAACGGCGCCGGCUCCAACUACGUGGACGAGAUGUACUGCGCCUGGCUGGAGAACCCCGGGAACGUGCACGAGUCAUGGGACGUGAUCUUCCGUAACGCUGCCGCCGAGGCUCCGCCCGGGGCGGCCUGCCAGAGCCCCCCCUCCCUCGGCGGACCAGCGGUGGGUUCUGGGCCUUGUGUGGAGAAGCUGGUGGAGGAUCACCUCGCGGUGCAUUCGCUUAUACGAGCGUACCAGGUACGAGGACAUCACGUGGCCAAGCUGGACCCGCUGGAGAUCAGCUGCGUGGACUUCGACGACGCGCCCUGUGCCGUCGGCUUCCAGAACGUGGGUCUGUACGGCCUGGCCGAGGCGGACCUGGACAAAGCCUUCCGUCUCCCCACCACCACCUUCAUCGGGGGCAGCGAAGGCUCUUUGCCUCUGAGGGAGAUCAUACGGCGCCUGGAGGCGGCCUACUGUCAGCACGUGGGGGUGGAGUUCAUGUUCAUUAACGACGUGGAGCAGUGCCAGUGGAUCCGGAGCAAGUUCGAGACACCGGGAGUCAUGCGGUUCAGUCUGGAGGAGAAGAGGACCCUUCUGGCCAGGAUGGUCCGGUCCACGAGGUUCGAGGAGUUCCUCCAGAGGAAGUGGUCCUCGGAGAAGCGGUUCGGUCUGGAGGGCUGCGAGGCGCUGAUCCCGGCCCUGAAGACCCUCAUCGACGUGUCAAGCCAGAGCGGCGUGGAGAGCGUUGUCAUGGGGAUGUCUCACAGAGGGAGGCUGAACGUUCUGGCCAACGUCAUCCGGAAGGAGCUCGACCAGAUCUUCUGUCAGUUUGACUCUAAACUGGAAGCAGCUGAUGAGGGUUCCGGUGACGUGAAGUAUCACCUGGGUAUGUAUCACAAGAGGAUGAACCGGGUCAGCGACCGGGAGGUCACCAUGUCCCUCAUGGCCAACCCCUCCCACCUGGAGGCCGUGGACCCGGUGGUGCAGGGAAAGACCAAAGCGGAGCAGUUCUACUGUGGAGACGCCGAGGGCAAGAGGGUGAUGUCCAUCCUGAUUCACGGCGACGCGGCGUUCGCGGGCCAGGGCCUCGUGUACGAGACCUUCCACCUGUCCGACCUGCCGUCCUACACCACCCACGGCACCGUCCACGUGGUGGUGAACAACCAGAUCGGCUUCACCACGGAUCCCCGGAUGGCUCGCUCCUCCGCGUACCCCACGGACGUGGCGCGCGUCGUCAACGCUCCCAUCUUCCACGUCAACGCCGACCACCCCGAGGCCGUGAUGUACGUGUGCAAAGUGGCGGCCGAGUGGAGGAGCACCUUCCACAAAGACGUGGUCGUAGACCUGGUGUCCUACCGACGCAACGGCCACAACGAGAUUGACGAGCCCAUGUUCACGCAGCCGCUGAUGUACAAGCGCAUCCGCCGGCAGAAAGGAGUCCUGCAGAAGUUCGCCGAAAAACUCAUCGGGGAGGGCGUGGUCACGGCGCAGGCGUACGAGGAGGAAGUGGCGACGUACGACAGAAUCUGCGAGGAGGCCUACGCCCGCUCCAAAGACGAGAAGAUCCUCCACAUCAAGCACUGGCUGGACUCCCCCUGGCCCGGUUUCUUCACACUGGAGGGGCAGUCUAAGAGCAUGACCUGCCCCCCCACCGGUAUCAGCGAGGAGGAGCUGGUCCACAUCGGGAACAUCGCCGCCUCGGUCCCCGCAGAGGACUUCACCAUCCACGGAGGUUUGAGUCGAGUCCUCAAGGGCCGAGCGAACAUGGUGGACCAGCGAGUGUGCGACUGGGCCCUCGGGGAAUACAUGGCCUUCGGCUCUCUGCUCACCGAGGGGAUCCACGUCCGCCUCAGCGGGCAGGACGUGGAGAGGGGGACGUUCAGCCACCGACAUCACGUUCUUCAUGACCAGAACGUGGAUAAGAGGGUCUGCAUCCCGAUGAACUACGUCUCCCCGGAUCAGGCUCCAUACACCGUCUGCAACAGCUCUCUGUCGGAGUACGGCGUUCUGGGUUUUGAGCUGGGCUUCGCCAUGGCCAGUCCCAACGCGCUGGUGCUGUGGGAGGCCCAGUUCGGCGACUUCCACAACACGGCCCAGUGCAUCAUCGACCAGUUCAUCAGCUGCGGUCAGGCCAAGUGGGUCCGGCAGAACGGCAUCGUGCUGCUGCUGCCUCACGGCCUGGAGGGCAUGGGUCCGGAGCACUCGUCGGCCCGCCCCGAGAGGUUCCUGCAGAUGUGCAAUGACGAUCCUGAUGUUUUUCCCACGCUGUCGGCCGACUUGGCCGUGCAGCAGCUCCACGACUGCAACUGGAUUGUGGUGAACUGCUCGAGUCCCGCCAACUACUUCCACGUCCUGCGCAGGCAGAUGCUGCUGCCCUUCAGGAAGCCCCUGAUCGUGUUCACGCCCAAGUCGCUGCUGCGCCACCCGGAGGCCAAGUCCAGCUUCGACGACAUGCUUCCAGACACACACUUCAAGCGUUUGAUCCCGGACGGCGCCGCCGACCCGGCAAAGGUGAAGAGAGUCGUCUUCUGCUCCGGAAAGAUCUACUACGAGCUGAUCCGAGAGCGCGGGAACCGAGGGCUGCAGGAGGAGGUGGCCGUGGUCCGGGUCGAACAGCUCUCCCCCUUCCCCUUCGAUCUGGUGAAAGCGGAGACGAAUCGCUACGCGAAGGCCGACCUGGUCUGGUGCCAGGAGGAGCACAAGAACCAGGGUUACUAUGACUACGUCAAGCCCCGCCUCCGCACCACCGUCGGCCACGCGCGGCCCAUCUGGUACGCGGGUCGCGACCCGGCGGCGGCGCCGUCCACCGGGAACAAAGCGACUCACCUGGCGGAGCUGCAGCGGCUGAUGGACGCGGCGUUCUCAGACAGAGUCUAGUGGGGUUUCGAUUAUCUCUAUUUUUUUUACACAUCAGACCUCGUUACCGUGACGACCUCGUGUUCGCAGCUACGGCCUCUGUUGUCGAGUUCAGUGCUUUUAUUUUGAAAUGAAUUCAUGUUUAUGAUAAUAAUAUAACGCAUCUGUCAAGGAUGUAAUCAAUCAGCUGCUGAACAAAGGUUUGAACCAUUUAUUGAUUUCCCAAGAAUGUGUCUUCUCACUGACAACGUUUACACGCUCACUAAUAUUCCACUUUUAUUCAGAAUUUGACAAUAUUCUGGAUGGGACGUGUCAUAUUGUGUCAGGCUAGCCUCAUGCUAAGCUAACCAGCGGCUACUCGUUUUUAAAUGGAAAUGAUUGACAGCUAUAUCGGGGGUUAUUUAAGAUGAUUGUCGGGAUAUAUAAUAAUGUUUUUGCGUGAUUCCUCCAAAAAUAAAACAUUAAAUGUCUAAUUCAGAGAGAAAAAAAACAGUGCUAAAAGUAAACAAUUCCUUGAUCUCGUUUCCAUGACGACGUCACGGCAGGAACGAAGAACGGAAGACGGAUGUAUUUAUUUUGUUUUGGAUAAAUAAA